GGAGGAGGUCAGCGUUGGUGGUGGUUGCGAACACCGGGAGUGGCAGAUGUGCGGGUUGCAGCCCGCAAUACGCCGCUUGCUGUGGAGACGUGGAACAGGCCCAGCAAUGGCAGGAACAGCACAACCAGUAUCAGGCACAGUUCCACCAGCAAUAGCAGUGGCCUUCACAGCAACAGUAGGCGAGCGGGGAAUGGGAUUAUGGAUGGUUGCAACGCAAAAUAUCGACAUCAGUACACGCAACACGACUGUGGCGAUCUUCGCAACAACUAUUGCGAAGACAGCAAUGAGGGAGCUGGACGUUCGGAUAUGUUCUACUACGCUUGCGCUCCAGCAAAUCUUUGUGCACGAGCGGUAUGCGGAACCAAUGAGGAGGGGAGUGACUGGAAGUAGGAAUGGGACGCGCAAUGGGGAUGGGAAUGGAAGUUUCAAUGGGCAUGGUGGGAAUGGGGCCGACGGGAGGGGCAGGACGGCGGCCACCUUGCUAUGCCGUGACAUUGCAAAGGGAAGACAGAUCCAAAAAACACGGCAGACUGGACCUGCGCCUGGCAAAUUGUGUACCGUGGGAAGGGGAUGUAUGGGCAGUCACCGCCGUCGACCGCCUGACAACAGCACUACUACCGGCAACAGCAGUCGUAUGGGCAGUCUGACAUGCCGGCAUCUGUAUCCGAGAGAGCGUAAGAACGCAGCAACAUUAACUGCAACAUGCCCACAUGUAUACGCAGACGCAGACCCCGUACUUUUUCGCCUCCUCAUCACCGCCUUCGCGCACUCCGCGACUCCAACAUAUGAAGGAUGCGAAAAUUCUCGUGAAACGGGUCCGGCUUGCGGUCGCAGGCGAACAUCAAGUGACAGGAACGCUAGCAAGAACAACCCCGCCACGGCCCUACCGCUCCUCCUCCUACGAACCCGCCAUUGUUGUUCCCGUACACUUACCCUCCCCAUCCGUUCCCACACAAUUCCAUUUCGCACAACCACGCUUAUCGAAUGAGAGCGUCACCCGAAGACCCGUAGAAGGCAUGUGCUCUUGUGGGAAGCAAUCACAAACAACGAGCUGUGGCGACGACGGCUGAUAUCACCGGAAAAACCAGCUGUGCGAGCAAAGGCCUUGUUGGGGCUCUCGGGAGCAUCGAGGCAUUUGCUCGCACGGUCGGUAGGCGGCGUAUCUGCGAUUCAGCGCGGCGGGUGGGACGGUGUCCGGGCAGGCCGACAGGAUG